AUGCCUGUAUCCUCCAGAGACAACUUGACCACAUUUCCUCCCUUUGAAAGCCAGGGCAAGGAAGCAGCCUCAAAUAAGCGAGAUUCUCCUCUCGAGUUCGGCUUAGACGACUUUGAGGACAACAGCGACAUGGCCUCAGCCACGUCGCCAUUUAUCAAACCAGAGCCCAACGACUUCAGCUUUGACUCCAACCAAUACAUGCAAUACCAAGGACAGAACCACAUGAGCAACUCCGGCAACAUGAACGUGAACCCCGCAAACCUCACCAAUGGCAACGGCUAUAUGUCGUCAAGCUUCAAUCUCGGUAAUGCUUCUAUCGCCGACGACGAGCUUGCCGAUCUGCAGAUAGACCAGCAAGGCAACACCUUCGACUUCAACAACGGCAUGCAGAACUACAUGCACCAGCAAAUGGGCGCACAGAGCGGAAGCGUGUUCUCACACACACCCGAUGGCGGUCCAAUACAGUCGCCGUUCACGAGCGAGUUCAACUACAGCCAGUUCAGGCCGGUAGCGGGUCAACAACCGCAGCAGUUCGGCGGUCACAGUGUCCCGUCACAUGCCAUGCCACCGCACCUGCAGCACAUGGACAGGAAGGUGUCAGACUCAAGAUCACCUGCAACACCAAACACGCCCGGCAUGAACCACCUCACCAUCGGCGACGACUACCACCCAGGCAUGCAACCAAUUCAACACCGACAGCACAGCAAUAUUGGCUGGGAGACUACCACACCAAGUGCACACAGCUGGGACGCUUCAUCGCCGUUCCCCUCGCCAAACGGUCAAGCAGUUCAUCACCCUCAGAUAUCAGAGGUCUUGAAGACCAACACACACCACCACAAAGUAGCGUCGUCGCUUCCUACCAAGAUGGAGCCAGGUGUAAGCGGCGGCCCGCCAUUCAACACACAAGAAGCGAAGCGACGUCGGCGCCGUGAGUCUCACAACAUGGUCGAGCGACGUCGGCGCGACAACAUCAAUGAGCGCAUCCACGAUCUCGGUACGCUCGUUCCGCAACACAGACUUGAGGAUGAGAAGGUGCGCAAGCAUCUACAGACCAACGCGCCACUCUCACCGUCAAUCGCAAACGCAAGCAUGUCGCCGCCUAAUCCUUCCUUGCUUGGCGCCAAUGGACACCGUCGCUCCACCUCCGGAGCCGGCACAAUCACGCAGGGACUCCCCAUGGAGGAGAAGGACAAGGGUCCAAACAAGGGCGACAUUCUGAACGGAUCUGUGGCUUGGACUCGCGACAUGAUGUGGUUCGUGCAUCAGAAGCUUCGUGAGGAAGAGCAGCUCAAGCAACUUGUGUCACAGCUCGGUGGCGCGUGGCCCUUCGGCGAGCACACCGAGGAGGAGAAGCGCAUGCGAUCUGAGAUCAUCGAGGUGCUCACCAAGCAUCAGCCAGUGGGUGGUUUCUCGGGUUACUCUCGCGCUCCUGGCUCUGGACUACGUGUACCAGGAUACACCAACAUCGCUGGCGAGCCUGUCGGUGAUGCACAUGCGCCCAAUGGCCAAUCGAUUCCGCCAGUUAGCCCAAGAUUCCAGCCUGGUGGCAGUGGCAUGUCCAGCGGCAUGUCCCACCAGCAGUUCAACUUCAACGAUUUCAAGGAAGAGGACGAGUACCACGGCAUGGAAAUGCAGUAG